AUGGAGCGACUGCUUCGGGACGGCGGAGAGCGGAUUAAGGAGUUGAGCCAUAAGAUCCGCGGAUAUGUGCAUGUGAAUACGGAGCAGUUUGCUCUUUGUCUGUACGGGUUUCCGAGCGAUUGCGAGAAUGACGAAGUGCGAAAAGCGAUUCGCGCGCUUCUAGAGACCUUGAAGGACGUUUCAAAAACGCAAGAACUCCCUUCGUCGUUUCACGUUUCUUUUCUGAUUGGAGAUCAAGGAGUCACUGUCCGCGAACUGCAGCAACGGUUCCACUGCAAAGUCAAUUUCAGCGCGCGUGAGGAAAAGCCGUUCAUUGAGCUUUGUGGAUGCCAAUCGGACAUCGAUGCGGCGUCGGAACGGGUCGAAAUGAUGCUUGCUGAGUACGCCAAAACCCACGAAACGAUCGAUCUGCCUGAACUCGCUUUGCCUCUUUUUCUGAACAAUGGCGGAAAGAAAGUGCAGCAAAUUCAAAAGCAAUUCAAUGUGUCGAUUCACAUCGAUAAGUUCAAUCUCAAAAUGAUUGUUUGUGGAGAUUCUGCGAAACUUCGCGACGCACGAAAUGCCGCGCUCGAUCUCAUCAGUCGAAUCACUAUCCUGAAACUCCCUUCUCGUUUCGAGCUGCGCAGCGCGUUUUUUGGAUCGAAAGGAAGCCACAUCGAUAAGAUCCGGAAGAAGUAUCAUGUGUCAGUGCGAGUCAUGACUUCGGACGAAAAGGACGAGAUCGAGCUGGAAGGAUUCGAUGACAACGUCACCAAUGCGGCGGCGUACGUGCAGUCCUGGCUCUCGGAUCAUUGGGUGGAGAGUCUGACGGAAGACAAAGAGCUGAUGGGGAGAGUGGUGAUUGGAAUGAAGGGAGCGGCGAUCCGGGAAACGGAGAAGAAAUUCGCGGUCAAAACGAAGCAGAGUGUGGGGAUCCAAACCAGGCUGAGCAUUUUCGGACCAAAAGAGAACGUCUUGGAUGCCAAAUUGUGGAUCGAAUCGCAGCUGGAGGAUUUCAGACGCACUCAUUUCUGGUGUCAUUUCAGUCCAGACCAUUUCUACUACGCGUACGAAUUGUCGCGGCCAUCGCUCGCCGCGUUGCAGUCGCAAUACAAAGACCUCAAAGUGACGUUCCAUGCGGCUUCGGGAUCGCUGCGAUGCGAGGGAGCGGAAGCCGACAUUGCCGAGAUCCGGGAGAAAUUCCUGGCGUUCAAGAAGUCCACAGGGAACUUCCACGCUUAUCCGUGCUCCAUCCCCAUGGAACACAUUGGUUUAGUGUUCGGAAAGGAGGGGAAAACGCGGGCAUAUCUGCAAUCGAAGUAUAACUGCCGGAUCCUCCCUCGCCGCGAAUCCGGUCGCCUGAUCAUUUGGGGAGAGCAGCAGGCCGCCGAGCAGGCAUCGAACGAAAUCCAUUCCAUCAUCAAGACGAAUCAAAUUGUCACUCAUGUCCUUCACAUCACGCUGAAGCAGUUUCAUCAACUGCUCGUGGAUCGGUGUCGGUCCCUCCGAUCGAUCCACAUCAUCACGAAUGCUGUUCUCAAGCUGACCCAGCAGGCUGGAGGAGAUGGAGAUCUCUCCAUUUCUGGAACACAAAAGAACGUGGAUGCCGCGAAAGCAUUGGUCGAGGCGGUUUUCCGCGGGACUCCCACGUAUUCGUACAAGUACGAUACGAAUGCAGUGAAUACUCUGUUUGCGACCAGCUCGUUCCCGAUGAAGCUGGUGGUUUUAGCGAAUCAGUGCAAUAUUUCGCACGAUUCCUGCGGAGCGGUGUUGAUCCGCGGGGAAUUGGGCAAUAUCCAUCGAGCACAUGCACAGCUCUACGAAGAGUUGAUGAGCUUGUUCCCGGCAUUGUUUUUACGAAUCCCAAUCUCACCGGGCGUGUGUCACUAUUUCUCCAUGACGGGGAAGAAGAUCGCUUCGGACGAUCCCUACGUUUUGAUCCACGUGGAGCCCAGCGAAGGCUAUGUCUACUGCAUGAAACGGCCGGAGCCUUUCAAUCCUAUGGACGUUUCUCUGCUGCCGAUCCUAUAA